UGACAGAGUCUCCCCUGCAACCCUGGCCAGCCCCAGUGUCCUGUGGUGGGGUCUCCCCUCCCAGUCUGUUUGACGGGGGCACUGAGGCGGUGGCUGUGCCCUGUCUGAGGAAGAGGGUGGGGCAUGGACUAACGCCGACCAGUAAAAAGGAAGGAAGCUACGAUUGGCGGCCUUGAGCACUUAUGGGAGAUCGUCUUUACCUUGCGGAGUACCGCCCCUCUACUCUCCCUCCUCCCGCCUCCUUCCUUUCGGGGGGGAAGGCGGGGCCAAAGGCCCGAAGUGUGGGGAGAACUUGGGCUCCGCUCUGCUAUAUGAAAUAUGGGAGACGACAGACCGUUUGUGUGCAAUGCCCCGGGCUGUGGACAGAGAUUUACAAACGAGGACCACCUGGCAGUUCAUAAACACAAGCAUGAGAUGACAUUGAAAUUUGGCCCAGCCCGAACUGACUCAGUCAUCAUUGCAGAUCAAACUCCUACUCCAACUAGAUUCCUGAAGAACUGUGAGGAGGUGGGGCUCUUCAAUGAACUAGCUAGCUCCUUUGAACAUGAAUUGAAGAAAGCUGCAGAUGAGGAUGAAAAAAAGGCUGCUGCUGGGCCCCUUGACAUGUCUAUGCCUUCUACACCAGACAUCAAAAUCAAAGAAGAAGAGCCAGUGGAGGUAGACUCAUCCCCACCUGACAGCCCUGCCUCUAGCCCCUGCUCCCCACCACUCAAGGAGAAGGAGGUUGCCUCAAAGCCUGUUUUGAUCUCUACACCCACACCUACUAUUGUACGCCCUGGCUCCCUGCCUCUCCACUUGGGCUAUGAUCCACUUCACCCAACCCUUCCCUCCCCAACCUCUGUCAUUACACAGGCUCCACCAUCCAGCAGGCAACUGGGGUCUCCCACUGCCUCCCUUCCUCUCGUCAUGCAUCUUGCUAAUGGACAGACUAUGCCUGUGCUGCCAGGGCCUCCAGUACAGAUGCCUUCUGUUAUAUCGCUGGCCAGACCUGUGUCUAUGGUGCCCAACAUUCCUGGCAUCCCUGGCCCACCAGUUAACAGUAGUGGUUCCAUUUCUCCCUCUGGCCAUCCUCUGCCAUCAGAAGCCAAGAUGAGACUAAAAGCCACCCUAACCCACCAAGUCUCCUCAGUCAAUGGUGGUUGUGGAAUGGUGAUGAACACUGCCAGCACCAUGGUGACGGCCCGUCCUGAGCAGAGCCAAAUCCUCAUCCAACACCCUGAUGCCCCAUCUCCCGCCCAGCCACAGGUCUCACCAGCCCAGCCCACUCCUAGUACAGGAGGGAGAAGGCGGCGCACAGUGGAUGAAGAUCCGGACGAGCGGAGGCAGCGCUUUUUGGAGCGCAACCGGGCUGCGGCCUCCCGCUGCCGUCAGAAGCGGAAGCUGUGGGUGUCCUCCCUAGAGAAGAAGGCCGAGGAACUCACUUCUCAGAACAUUCAGCUUAGCAAUGAAGUCACGUUACUACGCAAUGAGGUGGCUCAGUUGAAACAGCUGCUGUUAGCUCAUAAAGACUGCCCAGUCACUGCACUACAGAAAAAGACCCAAGGCUAUUUAGAAAGCCCCAAGGAAAGCUCAGAGCCAACGGGUUCUCCAGCCCCUGUGAUACAGCACAGCUCAGCAACAGCCCCUAGCAAUGGCCUCAGUGUUCGUUCUGCAGCUGAAGCUGUGGCCACCUCGGUCCUCACUCAGAUGGCCAGCCAAAGGACAGAACUGAGCAUGCCGUUACAGUCGCAUGUGAUCAUGACCCCACAGUCCCAGUCUGCGGGCAGAUGAUGCCUCCCCUGGUGGAGAGGUCCCCGUCCAGAGCUCGCCCGCCUGAGAGCCAAGAGAGAUGUCAUCUUAUUCCCUCCCCUCUGCCUUGGACAUGGCAAUAUGGGGGGAAAUGUGGGUGUUGUGGGUAACAGACAGAUGUGGGGCUUUUCUCUUCAGCCACGUGGUCAUGUACGUUGACACCUGUACUAGGAGCCUCCCAGCCUGAGCCGCACAGAUCAUCCCCCAAGUUGGGGGGUUUCUGAUGUACUCACAGCCAAAGACCUUUCCGGAUGGUCCGAACAGUACCCCCUGCUCGUGCACAUGUUCCUCUCUUUUAACACUAACCCUGCACUUCUGGGUUUUGGGUUUCUUGGUUCCCUCUCUUCCCACUAAGCCGUGGCUGUUACCUUCUUGUUCCUUAGCAGCAUGCCAGUUCCUACUAGGUUGAGGGAGGACAGAGUUGAUGGCAUAUCACCCACUGACCCAUUACCAGCUGCCCCCACGGACUCAGGACUCUGUCUCCCAGUAGCUGCCUAUUCAUCCUUUCUUUCCUUUCUAAAUCCUAGUUAAAACAUUCACUUACAGAGAAUGUAAGGGUACCUUUGAUGUAUGAAGUAACAGUAUUUUCCAGCUCUUCCAUAAACUUUAGCCUUUCUCCUUACCUUCUACCCAAAGAAAACCCCAGAAAACAAAACAAAGAAGCAAGAAAGAAAACAAAACCCCAAGAGUUCUAGUCCUUUUUCACGUAUUUCUAGAGCUAUCUGGGUACCUCGUUUUGUCUCUUUAGUUUUCCCAGUCUAGUGGUGGGAUCUUUUCCACCUCCCACUAAGCUUUGGCAAUUUCGUCUUGUGGCCUUAUUAGGUAUCGCUUGGUAGGGAAGAGGGAAAAAGCGUGGGGUCUGAGUGGCUGAUUGGACUCCUCCCUGCUCUGUCCUCCUUCAGUUCUAAUCAUCAGGGCAGGCAGGAACAAAGUAGUUUAAAGUUCAUUACAUCAGGUUACUGGACUGAUUCUUUUAUAUUUUAUAAGAGUUCACAGGCCAAAGUACACAUAUUCCUUUUGCUCAUCUUUCUGCUCCUGCCUCUCCCUCUGCAUUCCCCUGCCCCAUCACUGCCUCUGUCUCUCUUCUGUAACUAGGUCACAUGUAGCUCUCUGGAGGCUGUCAUGUAGGGGACUCUUGUGCUCCAUUGCUCUUCCCCCAUCUCUCAGCCUCACACAGCUAUCUUCUUUUCUGAGCUAGGGUUCUGAUAGUCACAAGUGUCCCUCACCCUGUAGAUCUACUGUUUCUCUUUGACCAGAUUCCUGGCCUAGGCACUAGGUCUCUCUGGCUCCACAGUGCUUCUUCAGGUCUGUUCCGCCCUCUGCCUCCUAGAUGAAAUGCUUUGCUAUGGUCCAGGCCCCAGGACUCUUGAGGCCUCAGAGCCAAGGUCCUGAGUGGGUUUUCUUUUAUUUUUUUUUAACAAUGUGGUUACUAUAUUCACCCUUAUUAUCAAGUCCCCACCCCAUACCCCAUUGCAGUCACUGUCCAUCAGUGUAGUACGAUGUCACAGAGUCCCUACUUGUCUUCUCUGUGCUACAUUGUCUUCCCCAUGACCUCACACACACCAUGUGCACUAAUCAUGAUACCCCACUGAGUGGGUUUUCUUAAGUAAAAGGUAGAACUGGGGAAGGCAGGAAAGGGGCAGGUACAGUACUAAUCUCAGCAGAAGAGCCCUACUUGUUGAAGGGUCUAGCCUGAGAAAUUGGCAUCUGCUGUUCUCAGCCAUUCUUACUUUGAAGAGUUAGGUUUCAGGGGGAGAAAUUCAUCCCUCUUGUCCUUCCUUCAUCCACGUUAAAACUUUUCAUCUUCCUUUGGCUCUAAACUAUGUGAUUUCUAGCAGGGCCAUCGGAAGCAAGCCAGAGCCAGAGGCUUGUAGCUAGAUAGGUCAGCUCUAAUAGCCCUUCAGCGUGAAACCCUUCCAGUUGUCCCAGAGCCAUCUUCCGCCAUCUGCCCAAGCCAAGGAUGUCCUUUUCUCUCUCUCUCUCUCUCUCUCUCCUACCUCCAUCUUAAACAUACAUACAAAGUAACUGCCAGCUUCUUUUCUUAUUUUGUCUUCCAAAAUUGGCUGACAUGGGGGAAUGAGGAAAUGGUCUAAGCUACAAGAUUCCUGUCUUCCUCAGAGUGAUAUAUUGCAGAGCCAGUGAGAUGACAUGUUCUAGACAUUUGUUUUUAGUUUCCCCUCGUUUUCAGAGCCAGUGCUGAACAAGCCACACCUGGUGAAGAGAAAAGAGAGAAAAUAUAGUUUUCUCAUCCUCUCCCCACCACCCCCGGGAUCCAGCAGGAACAGCCCCUGAAGUGACUCAGACUAGCAAAUGGCAUGGCAGAUGGUCAGCAUGCAGGUUACCACCUCUAGGGACUCCACUUGCCUUUAAAAAUUCACAGCUAUGACUUGUGCUCAGGACGUCUCUUUUAGAUGGCUGCACCCUGGGAUUUUCUCCUGUUUUGUUUUGUUUUUUAUUAUCUUGAUUUCCCACUAGCAGCCUUGCCCUAAAGCUUGCUGGAGUUUAUGGCUCCUAAGGAGCCUUCAUAAGACCCUUGACUAAUUUCCUUCCCCCCUUUAGCCAAGUGUUUUUCAAGUUGACAAUCCACUUGCCAGUGCCCUCAUGCCCUGUCUCACCACUUACCCUUGGAGGAACUUGGAGUCCUGCCAGUCCGUCCCUGUGUAAGAGGGUCUUACUUAGUUUCUCACUCCCCAUGUCUCAUUAUCUUGAGUCCUUAUUUUAUCAGUGGGACAUUAGUAUUGGGGACAUAAAUGAGGGACCUCACCAGAAUUUUAGUAGUGAAGUAGCAGUGAAAUGAGGAAGGGGCAGGACGGAUCCCGCAGACAGCUCUUCAGUUGGUCCUUGGUCUUAGUAAGAAGGCAGAGCCAUUGCUCACCUUGAAACUCUCACAGUUAAGGGGAAUGUCACUUACCUUGUUCUUGCUGCCCACUAUGUGGCUGCUGUCCUCUGUUCUUUGCCUUCCAGACUCAUCUGGACCAGGACCAAAUGUCAUGGAGGGUGUCACUGAGCCCUUCUUAAAGGACCAUGGUCUUUUCUAGGGGCCUAAGGGAAGACACUUUCUGAAAGGAGCCAGCAGUGUGGAUGCCUUAGGGCUCUUCCAGAUGGAUGCAGGACUCAGGCCUCCCACCUCACUCCAAAGACACAGCUGCCAGAUAGCCAGGGUCCUAGAAACCAGGUCUCUGGUUUGUAGAUUUUCUGCUCCAUUCUUUUAAAAGAAAGCUUGCUUUGAGUUGAAAAGUUGCAGAAAGCCUCCCACACUGCUAAGUAGGACUGGAGAGAGCAGAACCUCCUUUACUUUUUUCCUGUUGGUUGUACAUCCCAAAUCUGGCUUACUUCACCCUCUAGUCCUCCCCUUUUCGCUAUGCUCUAGACCGUAUACUCUUGGUGGUGGCAAAAGAGGAGAUGGCCCAAAUGAACCUCCACCUUGUGGACUUCUCUGUGCCUGUCCUGAUGGUCUUGGCUCCUUCCCUGAUUGACUGCGCUCCAGCACUGCCCAUACUUGUAGACAGGGUGCUUAACUAUAACCAUGCCCUGCUAAUAGCCUGAGCCACCAAGCAGAUAACAAAAUAUUCCUCUUCUGGUUUCUGAGGUUCCCUUGCUUCACACUGAGUGGCUCCUUGAAAGGUGCUAGCCCUGAGACAGCUUUCCCCGCAAAAUUCCUUCUUUCCUUCAUAACUUCAUUCCCAUCCCCAAAUCAUUAUUUUUCAUUAAUAUUGUACAUUGUAUGCACGGGAAGCAAAUGUAUUCUUUUAAAAUUUCAUAAUAACCACUGUUUAGAAUCCAGUCCUUUCUGUCGAUACCACAUAUGCCUUUGUUGAUAUGCUCUUUCUGCUUUCUUUAGACUUUUGUUUGACAGGUGUGGAAGGAAGAACAGGACAGGUGAGGGGGACCCUUCAUCCAACUUGAGCCUCCCACAACCCUAUCAUCCCCCUCAUAGUACAGAACUGAUUUCUCUCUGUUUCUGUGUGUGCACAUGCAUGUGCACACAGAUAUACUCCCCACCCACCCACCUCAGAGGAGUGGCCCAGCAGGAGUGAGCGUGGGUGGCUGCUGGCCACCAUUCCCAUCCUCUGUACCCAUCUGUUCUCUCUUUGGGGUACAUUUCUGCCCCAGACGAGAAAAGGCUGGGGAGAAUAGGGCAGGUUAAGGCAGUCUAUGUCCUUUGUAGAUGGAGGUUUAUAUCGUAGCUGCUGGGAGUAUUUUAUUUCACUAAUAAGGGGGCUGGUAGCACAGCGAUACCUCAUCAGCAUUAGCUGCUGGGAGUGACGUUUUAGCUGUGAGAAAGGGCUAGAGCACUGGUUUCAUCAGCUUUCCCGCAGGGCAGUGGUUCUCAGAAUAGUCCAAGGCCAAUAGCACCAUCUGGGAACUUGUUAGAGAGGCACAUUCAGGGCCCACCCAGACCUGUUGAACCAUGAACUCUGGGCACAGCCUCUAACAGGCACUCCAAGUGAUUUUCAUGCACACUAAAGUUUGAGAACCAUUGCCUUAGGGGCAAGCUCACAAAUUCUUGUAGGGUGUCAAGAAUAUUUUAAGAACCAUCCUCUGCCUUAGCACUAACAUAUUUUUCCAUUUCCUACAGUCCCUCCCUCCACUCCCAUUAGAACAACAACCACAUCACUCAUCUCAAAAUCUAGGUUUGUUUUCCUUCUGCUUAGCCCUAAAACCUGUCCUGCAUCAGUGUGGACAAUUGUCCCAUAUUCCCUCAUAGACUGGUCACUCUACUUUCUUUGUUACAGGAAGGACCAGCCAGAGCUUUAGCUGUCCUGUUCUCCCAUAUGUACACACAUACCUUUCAGGCAGGGAGAUGAGCCUCUAGCCCCAACAGUGGAGGCUGCAGCCUCCUGACAUAGUAUCUGUUGAAAAGAAAGCAGUUGUGUAUCUAUGGUUACAUCUCUGUUCAUCUGUAUAUCUUUGACAUGUAGCAACACCUCUCAGUCUCAAGAAACUCACCUCUGGGUCUCUGCAGUCCCCAGGGUGGAUUUUGAUAGGUAGGAGGAUGCAGUGCUACAGGCUAUUUUGUUACAAAACCAUCUUCUCCCUUUCCUGCCACCUUAUUCAGCAUGAUCCCUGUGAGCAGGCUCACAGUCUCUGGGAUGGGGCUGAGCAGAGGCUUCGCUCUAUUCUCCCGAACCGUCCCUCUUCCUUCCCCCAUGCCACUUAGCAUUUACCCCCCAGCCAUGCCUUCUCCCUCUCCCCUUGCCCUGACAUAUAUUGUGCCUUAUUUAUGCUGCAACUGUAACAUUAAACUAUCGAGAGAACCACUGUUAUGUCUGAUACAUCAGUGCUUUGAUUUUCAAGUCCCAUUGUCCGCUCUUCCUGGAGACUCACUGAGCUCUCGUGUCAGCCAUCUUCCUCACUCUCCCAUUUCUUAGGAUAGAAAGAGCAGGGAUUUUUAGCCCUCCUUUUUAGGCAGGGAACACACAGCCUAGGUAAGAUGGGUGGUUUACAUUAAAAAAAUACAAUAGAAGGCAUGGAGACCAGAGCUCAGAGUUGUGCACUGCUAGGGGGACAAGGGCCCUGGGCAACAGGGGAGCACUCACUAGGGGACUGUGUGCUUCAUGUGGACAGAUGCAGAUGAGGUGUCUGAAGGCACGUGGCCUCUUACCCUGCAGGUAUUUAGUCACCACCCUCUUCCCAACAGUAACACGCAAAAACAAAAACAAGCCCUACUCUCAGGUUACCAGCAUGACUGGAGAGCGCACACAUAGACACAAAGUGAAGCUUCUAUGAUUCUGCAAGUUCCAUUGGUGUGGGGAGGAGGCUGGUCUCAAAAUAGGGGUGGAGUUUGUUUAGAAGCAGGUAAGAGUUCACAAGAAAAAUAAGUAAUGCUUGGGAACUCUGGGGAGGUGUAGGGUGAGCACCACUAAUUUCCUGCAUCUGUGUAUUCCUCAAUAAUUACCAGAAGCAAGGAGGGGAAGCCAGGCUGAAGAAGUGGACCAGGAGGUAGCAGGUGCCUCAGGGGGGUUUCCCAAUAGGAGAGAAGUGAUUUAGAAGCUGUUGGUGGAGGAUGUUUGGUAUAAUUGACACAAACAGGGAGCCUGAAUCUCCUUAGGAGAGUAGGAAAGGCAGUGGUUGUCUUCAUUGUGUUGUCAGAAGCACAUGGGGGUCCAGAGAAGGGUGAGGAAGGAAGUUGCUGGAAGCCCAAUACCAAAGCCAAGACUAAGAGCUCUGGGAGUGGGGGCGAGACUCUGCAGGUAGGGCAGUUUCCCAAGUCAGAAGAAUUAACCCAUUCCAGCUUAUCAAGGAGUCUAUUCAUCUCCAUCCUGGGCAUAGGAAGCCAGCGAAACCAGCCCCUUUCUGAAUGCAGCCUCAGCUAAGAUCCACCUGUAAUUGGUGAUCAGAGAAAUAUUAGCAGGAGAAGCAGCAAGGGUGGUAAGCAUGAGUGCCUGCUCUGCUAGAUGAAUACUAGAUGCUCUGCAUCCAUUAGGUGAUUUAUUGCUCACAACCACCUCCUGGUAACAGGAGUGGUUGCAUCACUUUAUUGAUGAUGAACUGAGGUUUCAGUUAAAACCCUUGCCCAAGGCACACAGUGACAUGCAAGAGCUGGUGGUAUUAAGACGAGUUCUGGCUGAGCGCAGAGGCUCUGCAGUGCCCCACCCACCCUCUCAGCGUCGCUCCUCUGGACUUCUGUCAG